CAACCGAGAGGACAAAACCUUACACUUUGGUUUGUCAGCCCAUUAUGACGUCAGUACACUGUGACGUUACAAUGCCGAUGACGCAUCACAUAGAAGAUCAUGUUAGACAUCGCACGUUAAUAUAAAAGCUCCGGUGACAUCGACCAGUCACCCAGGCUGACCCCUAUGUCAUCAGAUGCUGCGUCCUCUGGGCAGAAGGACGAGGAUGAUCUCCAUCCCCUGAAAGACCAGGGCUACUCUCUCGGUCGUCAGAUUGGCGCGGGAGCGUACAGCCGGGUCUUGCUCCUACACCGAGGUCACCAGGCACGUGCAGUCAAGGUCAUCAGCAAGGUGGGGUGUCCCCAGGAUUACCUGGAGGACUUCCUCCCACACGAGCUGGACAUCUUCCCGUCACUGCAACACGAGAACAUCGUCACGUGUCACGAGAUCUUGGAGUCCCCGACGUCCUACUGCAUAGUGAUGGAGUAUGCAGAUGGCGGAAGUCUGCUGGAGCGUCUACAAGAGGACGGGCCAAUGGAGGAGGAGGAAGCAAGGAGGAUGUUCUUCCAGACUGCACGUGCUGUCAGUAUUGCCACCACCAGGGGACAGCACACAGAGAUCACUCUGAGGGGGAAGAAGGUGCUGAGCGGGAAUUUUUGUGGGAGCGCUCCCUACACAGCACCGGAAGUACUUCAGAAAAAUGGUCCGUAUGACGCCAUGGCGGCAGAUGUAUGGAGCCUCGGCGUCAUACUGUACAGCAUGCUGUAUUUCCGGAUGCCAUUCAACGACAGUGACCUGGACAUCAUGCUACAGCAUCAGCUACAGCGUGACGUGACAUUUCCCGCACUUCACCCAGUAACUGUCACAUGCAAAACCCUCAUCAAGGCCAUGUUGGAACCAGAUGUACAACACAGGGCCACUGCUGAUAGCGUCUUGGAAACGGACUGGUCCAUAUGAAGGAACACUGUGGUCUGAGAUUGUAGCAAUAUCUGGAAAAUAUAUUUUUUUCUACCUGA